AUGGCUUCUUUUCAAAAAGCACUUGAAAAUCUUAAUGAAGGUACAAUAUGCAUUAGCGUAUGUGUUAGUGUAUGGCUGUUAUUAAUUGCGGCUAGAAUGGAUAAUGUCUUGAUAAUUCCUUAUUGGACAAUAUUUCUACCACUUUGGUUGUGGAAAACAAUUGUUUUUGUCGGCUGGUUAGUUGGUUUAAUAGUAUGGUGUAAACAUUGGAGAAUUCAUGCUGAUGAUUCAGAGCAUAGUACAUUUCUUGUUCGUGAUGACCCUGCUCUCCCUUACAUUCAAGCAAUGUCUGUAUCAGCAUUUUUUCACUUUCUUAUCACGUGUUCUGAAGUGUUAUUAUGUAUUCAUUUGUCAAUUGAAUCAUCUAAUCUUACUUAUUUAACUAUUUUAUCACCAUUACUAGUUGUUGGUGCGUUGGGUGUGUUCGGAUUUCUUUUUGUUAUGAUCGACUCAAGAACAACGUUCACAGCAAAUGCACGACGUCGAAGGCAACACCAUUCACGAUCCUUAAAUAACAAUACCGGUAAUACUACCAUUACUACUACUACUACUACUACUACGACUACUACUACCAUUACUAGUACCAACACUAUAAACAACAAUAGUAUUAACAAUAAUACUACUACCAACAAUAGCUCAGAUUCAUUUGUUUUCAUACCACGUUCACGUCAUGCAUGCUCGUUUACCUUAGAAUUAUGUAUCGCUGCUAAUCUAUUACAAUUAUUAUUUUUAAUUGCUAGGCUUGAUAAUUGGAUACGUUCAAAUUGGAUUGUCACUUUUAUCCCAUCAUUUAUAUUAUUAGCCAUGGGAUUUUUAUUUUGUUUUGCUGGUUUAACUAUUGCACUAAUCACAUACUUUACAGCCUUCUUUAUUCCUGUAGCUCAACGUAGAUUAUCUGUUUGUUAUUAUGCUUCACACUUACUAAUAGUUAUUUUCUUAUGUACUUCAUUAAUCCUUUUAGGCUUAAGAUUAGAUGGUUAUCUUUCUGCUUCAAAAAGUAGCGCAUUAUUAAUUUGUAUACCUGUAUUGUUUAGUAUGUUCUUAUAUGCUUCUUUAUCAUCUGGUCCUGGUAAUCCAUGGUGGUUCGGUUUGAACCGUAAUGUACUUCUGGCGAUAUUUGAAUCGUGUCCAACUCUACAACUGUGUGCCAAUAAUCACAUUAGUAAAACUAGUCUGUGGAGAGUAUCUCGUUACCAUGGCGAUAAUGGUGAUGUGAAUAACACAUUGACGGUAGAUUCUUAUAAUAGGAAUCCUGUCGGAGUUGAAUUUGUUAGAUCUACUAUAACUACCACCAAUCCACCUGUUACUGUUGCAUGUGGACUAACUAAUUCACAUAACGUAAAACCUUGUCCAAAUUGUGCAGUUGGUUGUUGUAAUUGGUGUUCAUCAUCAGCAUCACCAUCAUCAUCAACAAACAGUAAGAAAAAUAUCCACUGGUCGAAUGUCAAUAUUUCGUCAGAAAUUUCUCAGUUUUGCAACUCUUUUCAUUAUUCAGAUCAUUUACUUUAUCCAGAUUAA